AUGGUGACCGUCACAAACGUCCUUCGGCGUGCGAGCGCGGCCAAUUUCUUUGACAGUGGGAGCUCAAGCGGCGAAUCCUCGAGAAGACCCUCAGCCGCCGAAGCGUAUGCUCCUCGGCGGCCCAGUCUUGCGGCCCUGUCGCUGAGGCUCUCCUCAUGGUCCAAGAGGUCGCAUUUUUCAAAGGGAAUCGAGACCGACGCCGACUCCGCGCAAAGAUUAUGGGACACCAUCCUCUCAUUACCCGAUGAAAUCACGGCUCAGAUUCUCUGCUAUCUGUCCGUGUCCGACUUCUUGAGCCUUCGUUCAACGUCUCGUUCCGUCUACGUAUAUCUGCGGUCUCAUGCCGGCCCGAUCACGCGAUCUCUACUGCUUCAAUAUGCCUACGAGCAGACAAGUGACUAUGAGGGCAGUACGAACGAUGAGAAGGCGGAAUACCUCUACAACUACCUCCAUACUUUGUACCCUCCACCACAGCCAUGCAACUCGUUCGACUAUUUACUGCAAAUGUUAAAACGACAAGGCCAAGUUCAAAGGAUGUUGCAAGUCAUGACCAAUUGGAUCCAAAUGAAAGUUUAUGUCAUUCCCAAGUUUAAACGGUGUGAUAAUUUCAACCCGUACAAAUUCAAGCUCGUGAGGCGGCUCCAUCUAGCAACGUGGACCAUGUAUCAUUUUCUGGAGAGUUAUCGGACAAUGCUUGUCACAGAGCAUCCCAUUCAUGCAAAGCUCGAGUCAGCAAAUGCCGGACAUAACGACUCCGACAGAACCUGCCCUUCUUGUUCACAGUCUGUCAAAGAUCUUCUGCGCACAUACCCUGGGACUGGAAUCAUCCCUGCCUAUCAUUUCUAUGAACUCUGUCGACAACAUCUUCGCGCUUUAAGUCGAGCCCCUUCGGCUGGUACGAUAAUUCGAUCUCGCAAGCCACCCAGCGAAACAGAUCUUGUACAGUUCGUUGUGCUCGGCGGCAUCCCUGAGCUGAGUAAACUGAGUCUGCUCAAAGGUUCGGCAAAUCAGCGUAUCGAGGUGAUUGGGAGUUUUGUGGACAAGAUCUCAAGCGCAGCAAUACGGCAGAGGAUAGGCCGAAAAGGUUCCUCUUCUCAAUCCGAAGACCUUUCCCGGCAUACCGCCUUGUGGUCCUCGUUUGACGAUGUCGUUGCCCCUCUUCAGCCACCUUUCUCCCUCAUCCAUCACAAUACCAUAUCGGCUAUUCCAGAGCUCGAGCAAUUCAUCAUCGAUUCAGACGAAUGGGUCACCCGAAUGUAUGAGCUUGUAAGACCAGGGGAUCAAAUAGUGAGUGCCUGGGGAUUCAUAACGAACAUUCUCUCGGGAAAGAGCGAGGAUGCGGCAGAUGCUGGGCUUAAAAUUGGGGCGGACAGUGAUCUCGACUUUCUGACACCUGUUAAAGGGUUUGAUACCUGA